AUGGAAAACAAAGAUCCACCUCUUGGAAAAGAAAUCCUGGGGGCCAAGAAAAAGAACCUGCCCUUCUUAAGGCAGAGGCUGUACAUGCUGGAGAGGAGGAAGACAGACACAGUGGUGGAAAGCAACCUUUCUGGGGACCACAGCAGCAAUGGGACUCUGAGGAGGAGUCAAUCUGACAGGAGUGAAUACAGCCAGAAAUUACAAGAAAAAAUGGCACCCCAAGCAAGGUCCGUGGGACCUGUUGGUUCACCACUGGAAAAUGAAGAAGAGCUGAAUAAGCGGAUGAUGGCCCGAAGGCAAAAGAUAAUUGCAGAAAUGGUUCAGACAGAAAGAGACUAUCUCAGUGAUCUGGAACUGUGCAUCAGAAUAGUAGUGGAGCCCUUGAGGAGAAAGCAGAUUACCAGGUUUGAUGUGGAUGGCUUAUUUAGCAAUGUUGAAUCCGUCCAUCAAAUAUCAACCAAACUGCUAUCAUUAUUGGAAGAAGCGACAACAGGCGUGGAACCGACCAUGCAAGUAAUUGGGCAAGUGUUUUCACAGAUUAAAGAGCCAUUAGAAGAUGCAUAUAAGGUCUAUUGUUACCACCAUGAUGAUGCCCACAUCCUGCUGGAAUCUUAUGAAAAGGAUGAAGAAAUAAAGCAACAUAUAAGAGAUUGUCUACAGUCAUUAAAGUAA